AUGGGGGUUCCAAAGAGAAAACCAAAGCUUCUCAGUAAUAGCAGGCUUGAAGAAAAACCAGCUGCUGCCCCCAAAAAGUUCGUCACAUUCUCUGCUCACGAUUCUCGAGCCAUAGAGACCGCAUAUCAGAAGCUCGUAGAGGAACACCAUGACGGGCGCAAUGAGGACCGAUCAAAUGGCAAAAGGCAUAGCAGGAUACCGAGCACAAAUUUAGAUGCACCAGAACGGGAGGAUAAAGCUGGUCUAAAAAUCCCAGUCCACGAGGAUUUUCUUUUUGACGUUGAUAUUCAAAAUCGAGAGCUUGCUCCUGCUUAUUGGCUUGGGCCAAUUUUUGAAGUCAAAAGAGGAUCUUGGUUCUAUGAAGAAGGAGGCAAAAGCUUGAGACCUUGUGACGAGAAUCUCGCUUUCCAGUUAGAGGAAGGGUAUUUAAAGGCGAAACCAUUUCGAUAUCCCCAGGCGGCAGAAAAGCCCUCAUCAAGACCAUCGUCCUUGAAGCCUGGUGAUGAUCCAAGAUCUCUGGCAAAUUUGGGAGCAUUUGGCCGAAAUCGCUCUGAGUCUUCCGGUCAGGUCACGCCAAAGUCGUCCGCAGAGAAUCUUAAACAACCAGCUCGAGACGACAAGUUGAAUAGUCCCAAAGACUCUCCUUCCCAUCAGCCUCAAACACAUCGACUCUUUGGCACCUAUAUGAACUCAGUUGUGACAUAUCAAGAUUCGACUGUUGCGUGGCUUUCCACAGACAAUUUAAUGUCAAGAGUUAGCAGCACUGUCUAUCAAAGAUUUGCUGGUGGAGGCUAUCUAAGCGGAAUCAAGCUUGUCAGGGGAUACUCAGAGCCAGGCAAAGGCAAAGACAAAGACCCUGCUACAGGUGUAAAAGGCCCAUCAACUCCUACUAGUGCAGCGGCAGAUCCGUCGACUAUACCUCCGGGCUUGCAGCUCGACGAACGGCAGCAAAAGUUGUUAAAACGGAGAUCUGCCCCUCCACUAAGUACCGCUCACCCUGAAGAUCCACAAAGUCGAGCGGUGCGCGAGUCUGCCGAAGCCACUGCAUCAAUAUUACAAAAUGGGAUAGACCCUGAGACGGAGGCUGAAGCGGUCAGAAAGCGAGAUGAAGCUGAGAUACAGAAUGACUAUAAUGACUCCAAUGGGGAGGAUCAGGGUCGUGAAAUUGAACAUCUCAUUCUUGUUACCCAUGGCAUUGGUCAGCGACUGGGGAUGCGUACGGAAAGUGUCAAUUUUAUACACGACGUUAAUGUUUUACGAAAAACCCUGAAAAGCGUUUAUGGAGGCUCCGCCGACCUCCAGGCUCUCAAUUCGGAGAUCGAUAAGCUACCUAAAAAUUGUCGACUUCAGGUACUUCCCGUCUGCUGGCGCCACCUUCUGGACUUCCCAAAGAAACGACAGAAUCGAAAGGAACAUGACCUUGGCACCACUCAAAACUCCGAGGAAGAUUAUCCUAGUCUAGAAGAUAUUACAAUCGAAGGAGGUUUGUAG